GUAAAAAAAAAUACGAGAAUGCUGAUUUAUAAUUUAUAUCUCAUCUCAGUGUAGAAAAUUAUCCAUUUGCCUAUAAUACGUAGAAUUCCAGAUUUGAAGAUCGACUCUUGUUUUAUGUAUGAUGGUCAUAGUACAUGGUAAGUCUGUGAUGUCAAUAUAAGUGUCACGAUUUCCCUCAAUGAGUCUCAUAUUCAUAAUAAUAAUAAUUUUAUUUUUUUUAUUUUAGUCCCACGUCUUCAUAUUCGUGUUACCAGUCGCAGUUGGGAAGUGAGAGUGACUGAGUCACUACAGUAGACCAAAAGCUUCGGUCUCUGUUAUGUUGGUUGUUCCGCUGAACUCCGUUGGCUUCACUCACCAAAAUACAGAGGCGCAAGUUCUAGCUCGAUCUGUACAGGGUACUCAAUGGCCAUAUGUUUAUGUAUUAAGUUCGAUAAAACAGGGAAGUGAAGUUGCGCGACAGCCGAAGUAAUAAGUCACUGUUUUUUCCCCUUUAAAGUUUAUCAUUCCCUGUGUUGGUGCAUUUCAGGCCAAAAUGGAAUAAUAAUCUUUAUUUUGGUACAGUUCUUUUUAUAUAUUUUUAUGAAAAAAAGACAAAAAUCGAUGAGCCCCAUUGGGGGGAUUUUGCAUUGUUAACCUUCUAAAAAAGUUCUAGUUUUAAUGGUGGCUGCACGAUAGUGAGCCGUCUGUGUACGAGGAGAAAUUAAAAAAAAAAAUGUUAAAAAACUCCUCGAAACAGAUGGCUAUCAGCUGUCUACACGAUAGCGAGCCGUUUGUGUACGAGGAGAAAUUAAAAUAAAUUAAAAUGUUGCCCACUGCAGGUGUCACGCGCGUAAAACAUUCCUCAUAGUCGUAGCCUUGUGUGUUAAAAUGGCACUUUUUAAAAAAUAAAUGGCGAUUUAUGAAGAUAACUGAUGGGAUCAAAUUUAUCUACUGAAACAGUAAAAUAGCCCUAAUUCUUCCACCAGUCAAAAAAUAGUUCCUAAGUCAUUGAUAUUAUCUUCCCAAUUUGGGGAAAGGAAGUUCAGUAGUUACCAUUUCUAGAAUCAGUGUUAGACUUUCAAUUUAUAUUCAUACACUUUUGUCAAUCAGCAAUAUCAAAUUAUAGAAAAAUCAAAUGGGUUGGGUCGAACGAAUAUCUUUAGCCUUCCUGUUGUAAUUAGGCUCAUGGAACUUGCAACCAUCCUGCCUGUGGGGAAUCUACAGGUAGGACUAUGGAGUAUGGUAUGCCAAUACUAUAUGCUGUACACAGCCCACAAAAUAUCACUUUUGUGACCAAAAAUACUAAUUUCCAAUACAGAUGCAAUUUAUCUUUCAUUAUAGUAGACCUAGAUCUAACUCGUAACUUGGGAAUAAGUUUUGUAUUCUCCAAAGCACAAAAAAACUUGAAAUUUGGCAUUUUUUUGUGUACGCCCUCUAUUGGUGGAAAGUAAUAUGGCAAGAAAAUUGUCAUUUAUCAAUCUUUAUUUUUAAUUUAGAUAAAAUAAUUAAAAGAAUCAAAUAUACUAAAGAGCCGAGGAAUAUGAUGAUUAGCUGUAUUGGAAUCAUCACAUCACAUCAGUCCUUCAUACCUGAUGUGAUGUGAUGUUAUGUGACACCUUUUUUGCUUGUUUGACCUGCAGAUGAGAUGUGAACAUGAAAGUCUUCCCUAAUAUGAAUAUGACAGAAGCCAGCCACUCUUCUGCCUCUCCAUCAAACACUGCUAUUCUCAUUAAAGAAGAAGAAGAUCUGUCAGAAUAUGACGAAGGUGGUGAUGACAACGAUUUGGGAUGGAUUGAAGAGGAUGAUAGUGAUGGAGAAUACACGGCCGACAGACAACCUCUGGAAGAAGGUCAAGGUCAAAGUCAAGGUCAAGAAAAAAAAAGAGGUCUCAGCCACACUUCACUGACUGCUGAAACUGUUCUUGCAGUGGAAGCAGCAAGUAGGCAGGGAAGAAGUUUGGAAAGACAUGAUUCUUUGACUAAUGGUGGAAGCUCAACAUCCGGUCAAAGAGGAAGUGACAGUGACCUGCACUCUGAGCAGAAGGUUGCUGGAGCAAGAAUGUCGAUUGGUACCACCGGAAUAUCAAGUCCAUUUAGAGUUUUUCAGAAUGGGUUUGUCCAUUGCAGCGAGGGUGACUCUGGGGACCCUUCUCUGUACUAUUGUGAUGAAUGCAGUAGGUUCCCGACUGAUUGCAAAUGCUAUGCCAGGCAUUUAAGGGCUCAUGCAGGAUCAGGAGAUGUAGAAAAGGAGAGAGGACAAAGAGACACAAAGGAUAUUAUGCAGGAAGAACAUGAAGAGAGAUCCGUGAUUGAAGACGAUGGUUUAGAAGUCCGGAAGCAAUCAGGGUUGAGGCUUAGAGGAAGGGUGCCUGCCAGAUUCCAGAAUGGGGCGGAAACUAGUGCUGAUAAUGAAGAUGAUGCAGUCGAGAGAAAACAGCUUGUUCUGAAAGAAAAUGAUCAUAUUGAUAUUUGUGAUGGCAAUGGUUCUUCAGGAGCCAUUACCAAUAACCCCAAAGUGAACAAAAGAACAUGUCAAGUUCGGAUGGGACGGCCAAUGAAAGACAAAUCUCGAUUACAGUGUCCGCAGUGUGGCCGUGGCUUCAAGAGGAAACCAGACCUUGAACGCCACUUCCGUGUUCACUCCGGUGAGAAACCUUUUGCCUGUGAACUCUGCGACAUGCGUUUCACCCGGAACUUCGGACUGCACUGCCACAUGAGAACGCACGCAGGGUUGAAAAUUCACACAUGCAGCACCUGUGGCAAAUCGUACAGCCGGCGCUACGACCUGGCGAAGCACGAGAAAGCUGUUCACACCGGGGAACUCAACCACAUUUGCUGUGAAUGCGACAAACGGUUUGUCACCGCGCAGCUCCUCCGCGUCCACAAGCGGACGCACACCAACUCGCAGCCGUACCUCUGCCAGGAAUGCGGCCACAGGAGUAACCAUCGCAGCGACCUCAAGAAGCACAUGAGGGUCCACACCAACGAGAGACCGUAUUGCUGUCCUAUCUGUAAGAGAAGUUUCUUACAGAGUGGGUGUUUGGCCAGUCACAUGUCACAUUCUCACAGCAAGUAAUGUCGUACAAAACCAUCAUAGUGGUUUAUCAUGUGAAUGGAAUGGGGCAUACACAUGGUACCCUGCACACGUCGGGCCAGCUUGGAUUGUUUUGAAGGCAAGCAAGAACUGUUCAGAGACUCAUUCUGCUUCUUUGUACUGCCACACCUUGUAAAUCCUCCAUUUGUUAGCAGGUCAUUCCAGCCGGAUCAUGGAUAGAAUAAAACAUAGCCAAGUAUGAACUUCAAAAGCAUACCUUGGAGCAAUUACAAGAGCCAGACAAGACGGAGGCUGAUUACAUUAUUUGGUGGUGCCAAAGAACUGAAGUGACUGGAUUCCCUUUAUUAAAGUAGACUAUCAUAGAGUUGACAUUCCAAAGAACUAAAUGAGCUCAUAACACAUUGAGAUUUGAGUCUAAAGCGACGGGGAUCAAUUCCAUGACGAGAUCAGAGAGAUAUUCGGCUGUCCCACACAGAUCUUAGGUCAACCAACAACUCCUUCCCGAUCAGACCACUAACUCAAAACUCAGCAGGCUUGGGAGGAGUAACUUGAGAAGCAGUAAACUGCAAUUUUGUCUAUGCUCAUCUACUUCCCGUUUGGUUUCAUAGUCCUGGCACAACAUUAUUAAAUUCUUUGGCAUCUUUCUUGCGAUUUUGGGGAGUUGGGGAGUGGUUGUGACCUAAUUAGUCAGAGAACCUCACUCAACUCAAUUUGAGAAUAAUGUCUUCUGACAAGUGUUAGAGGUCAUCUGAGGGCUUUGUAAUUUAGCAUCGACUUGAAUUGUCGCUGGACAAAUGUUGAUGGAACACCACCCCCUUCCCCGAACAUCCUUAUAAACUGGAGGGGGAUUUCAAAGGUAAAAGGGUAAGAGUUUUCGUAAGUGCAGAGUUCAAAGAGAAGUACAUUUAAUCUCAAAUCCGUCUUUUCUAUCUCUUGGAUUGAUUCUAAUAUCUUUGGGUCAAGCCAUAUGCAUGUGGGCUUGCUCCUGUUUUAACUAAUCUAUUACAGCCACAAUAUUGAUUUUUGAUUUAUUUUGUUUAUUCUUCCUCUAUUUGUUAUAAUCAUUAUUUUAAUCGCAUUGAAUUUUCUAUUUCAUGAUGAAUUUUCUUAACAUUUGUUUGAUAUUUCAAACACUUUUUUUUGGUAUUCUUAUAUCAAUCAAUAACUGGAACGAACCAUACGCCUAAUUAUAACAUGAUUGGGUACAUAAGAAUUAUAACAGAAUAUAUUUGUGAUUCAAAUUUGAACAGAUGUUUGUAAUUUUGUUUAUCUGAGGUUUAUUUAGCAGUUGACAGAGUUUAAAUGGUUUCAUUAGUUCAAUGCCUUGGCUCAUUUACACUCUCUACCGGUAUUUCUUUUAUACGAGUAAAUAUAACAACUCAGUUUGGAUUGUUUUUCAUCAAUAAGUUCAACGUGACAUUUCUUCACAGGAUUUUGUAUAGGUCUUCAUGGAGAAAUCGAUAAUUAAGUGAUAAGUAAGAGAUGUAUCUUUGGGUUUCUCAAAAUUCCUUAAUUUUAAUAUAAAUUGAAGAGUAUUUGUCCAUCAGGGGCCAUAGCAGCAAGUGUUUGUUUGAGCAACUCAUAACUCAGCGCAUAUCCCAAUAAAUGCAUGCUUCUGAUGAAAAUGAAGUUGCAUGAUAUUUUAUUUCGGAAUAAAAAAAAAAGACACAAAGUUAGUUAUUACAUGUAUAGGUACAGUGUAUGCAUAUACCAGGGGCCUGUAACACAAAACUUAGCAACAAUGGAGAACUUUUUUUUAUGAUUGAUGAUAUUGACUAGAAUGUAUAAUUAAUCAGGAAAAUCGAGCAAAUGUGUGUGUUCUUGGGUAAUUGAAUAUCAAUUUGAGGUCAGUUUUCAUUAAAAUUUUCUGUGCAACUCACAAACUUAAGGUUUUAAAAAAAGUAAUUUUCACCCUGUUACAGGAAGCAUGGAUAUUUAGUUGAGAUGGUCACCCUGUAUAAGGUCAUCUUGUAUUUUUUUUUACAAGAUCAUGUGCCUUGUUCACAAAGACUUAAGUUUAGUUGAAAGAGUGUGGCAUAUCACCGAUAGAUUUUAAGUGUUCCAAUAUAUCAAAUUGAAAACGUUAAAAUACUGUAAAAUACAGUUCAGAACUUGCAAUUGAAAGCAUUUUCUUGCAUUAAACAGAGUGUUUGAAGUUUAUAAAUUCUAUUAUAAUAUUAAA